UCGUGACGCAUCUGUCAAAUACACGAUCUUUGGCCGACGGCGACGUCACGGCGGCAUCAAAUCCAACAUGGCGAACAUUCGGUGUGUCAAGGGGAUGGUGGGCCUGGUGACGGGCGGGGCCUCGGGAUUGGGCCGGGCCACGGUGGAGCGUCUGGUCCAGAGCGGAGCGUCCGCCGUCAUCCUGGACUUGCCCUCCUCCGAGGGCCGAACGCUGGCGGCCACCCUUGGAGACCGAUGCGCCUUCGCUCCAGCGGAUGUGACGUCGGAGGCGGACGUGCAGUCCGCCGUCAACUUGGCGCGAGACAAGUUUGGCAAGUUGGACCUCGCCGUCAACUGCGCCGGCAUCGCCGUUGCGGUCAAAACCUUCAACUUCAAGAAGGACGUCCCUCACAGCCUGGAGGACUUCCAGCGCGUCAUCAAUGUGAACAUCGCAGGAACUUUCAACGUGAUUCGCUUAGCAGUGGGCGCCAUGGCCAAAAACGAGCCGGAUGCGGACGGCCACAGAGGUUGCAUCAUCAACACCGCCAGCGUGGCAGCCUUCGACGGGCAGGUUGGCCAAGCGGCGUAUUCGGCAUCUAAAGGAGGCAUCGUUGGAAUGACGCUUCCUGUUGCCAGAGAUCUUGCCCCGAUGGGGGUGAGGGUCAUCACCAUAGCACCGGGCCUGUUCUCCACUCCCCUCCUGGCUGGGCUUCCGGAGAAGGUGCGCUCGUUUCUGGCUCGCCAAGUGCCCUUCCCGUCGCGUCUGGGCGACCCCUCCGAGUUUGCCCACUUGGUGACGUCGCUGGCCGAGAACCCCAUGAUUAACGGCGAGGUCAUUAGACUGGACGGGGCCAUUCGCAUGCAGCCCUGAGUGCGUGCGCGUCUGCGAGUGUAUGCAGGCGCUGAAUUUUUUCCAUUGUAAAAAGCAACAGGAUCAAACAAAGGCCCCCAUAUCAUCUCUGAGGGUGACGAUACAUGUAAAAAGUUGUGUACAUUGCAAUACUAUCUCGUUGUUUGGUAAACAAAUUCACAUUGAAAAUAAAGCUGAA